UAUAUAAGUGAGCAUUAUUACGGAGUGUUCAUAAUGGCCAAACAGAAGGAUAGCCGAACACGUAUAUAUGAGAAGAAACAAACAGCGAAUCGAAUGAGAAGGACUGUAAAGAAGAGUAUGUACUUUUUGGCCAUCAUUGGACUAUUCUCACUAGUGGCUGGUGCCCCUAGGGAAAAAAGACAGGAUGAGACUUAUUUCAUGGAGAAUAAAUGUUCGAUGGCCGCCCGAAACUCAAGUUGCCCCACCGGAUAUUGCUGCGCGUAUGACGAGUUCUUCCGCAUCAUCUACUAUUGCAAAAAACUUGGCGUCGCAGGCGAGUCGUGUUCGACUGUGUCCAGCGAUGCUGACUGUCCAUGCGAACCCGGACUGGCGUGUGUUCCGACAGUUCAAGGGUCAAGUUUUGUUACCAUAUAUGGAAGGUGUCAAGUGAAGUCCCAACCCACCACUGUUGCUGUGACAACAGAUGGCGCUGUAACGGCAGGUGGCGCUGUAACGACGAAUAGUCCUACAGACAAUCCGACAGACAACAAGGGACAUAACACGCAUCACGUGACGCACAAGCCACACCAUGGAUAAUCUUUUACAAUUGUCAUUUUUUGAAGUAAAAUAUAUAUAAUAAUAUAGCAGGAAC